GGAGAGGCUCGCCUCGAACCUUCUUUCUCCUUCACCCGGCCUCCACGCAACGCGAACGAAACCGAAGUCCCAAAUCAAUCCAUUUCAUUUCGGUUUCGAAUCCCCUGGGGACGAGCUCGCGUCGCCUUCCCCCUCCGCCCGCCCCGUCGCCAUCCGCCCCCUUCGAAUCUGCAGGCGGCGCCGCCUGGCCUCGUUGUCGCCACGGGAGGCGCGCGGGAUGGGGCGGUUGUUUGCGGUGGACGCCGCGGCGGCCUCGUCGGCCGCGGCCGCAGCGGCGCUGAACGGCGCGGUGGACUGGUGGAAAGACGUGAACGACUCGCCGAUGUGGCAGGACCGCAUCUUCCACGCCCUCGCCGUGCUCUACGGCAUCGUCUCCGUCGUCGCGCUUGUCCAAUUGAUCAGAAUCGAGUGCAGGGUGCCCGAGUACGGGUGGACGACGCAGAAGGUGUUCCAUUUCCUUAACUUCAUCGUGAAUGGCGUGCGGGCUAUCGUGUUUGUGCUGCGGCGAAACGUGCAGCUGAUACAACCAGAGAUACUUCAACAUGUGGUUCUUGACAUGCCUGGGCUUGCGUUCUUCACUACAUACGCGCUUUUGGUGCUAUUCUGGGCCGAGAUUUACUAUCAGGCACGUGCGAUGUCGACUGAUGGGCUGAGGCCAACUUUCUAUUGGAUCAAUGGGGUGGUGUAUGCAAUUCAGAUAAUUCUGUGGUUGGUUUUGUGGUGGAAACCAGUUCGAGUUAUGGUCAUAUUGUCCAAGAUGUUCUUUGCAGGCGUAUCACUGUUUGCAGCUUUUGGGUUCCUUCUGUAUGGUGGGAGGCUAUUCCUCAUGUUGCAACGUUUUCCCGUAGAAUCAAAAGGAAGACGGAAGAAAUUGCAGGAGGUUGGCUAUGUCACUACCAUCUGCUUUACUUGUUUCUUGAUCAGAUGUGUCAUGAUGUGUCUCAAUGCAUUUGAUAAAGCGGCUGACCUUGAUGUUCUGAGCCAUCCGAUUCUGAAUUUCUUUUAUUACCUGCUGGUCGAGAUCGUACCUUCAGCUAUGGUUCUGUUUAUACUAAGGAAACUGCCCCCAAAACGUGGGAUCACGCAGUACCAUCCUAUCCAUUAGAGCAGAGCAGCCCUGGUACCAGGCUGGUACAGACGAAUGCUUCUUACAGAAUUGGUAAAUACAGGAGAGGCAAUGUGAAGAUCACUGCACUUGCACUGAAGCUUGCCCAGGUUUUAAAUGAGGAAGCCUUUAGGAUUUCAGGUUGCUAUUGCUUGUAAAAGAGAUUUGCAAUGUAGUUCAAAAAAAGAAGAGAUUUGCAAUGUCAUGCUGUUUACAGGUCUAGAAAAAUGCAAGUUAUAUAAUGUAUGUAUACCUUUGUUCUUCUCAGUACUUUCCACCUUGUA